CACAAUUUAGGUCUUGUAAUACUCGGGAAUACUGCAGCGAUGGUGGAGAACUUUCGCCUGUUCUUCGAGCUCCUCAGAGAACAUGUGGACCACAGUGACCUGGCCAUCUUGGCUCGCACGUGUCACGAAUGGAAUGAUGUAGUCACCCCAUAUCUGUACCAUACAAUACAGUUUCAUAACCCAGGGUGCAUUGCACAGAAUGACCCGCUCCAGCUGAAACUGGAUACCUUUGGGGACCCUCGGUUCACCAACCUUGUGCACACCAAGCAGGUAUUGGUCACAGGAUCGUGGUACGAUAGCUACCACGAGAUUGACUCGAUGUUGGGCUCCCACGAGAUUCUUUCGCCAGCGGCAAGAAUGCUUAGCAACAUCAUUACGUCCUGUAUCAUCCGGAUGCCGAAUCUGAAAGAGUUUAUUUGGGACCUAUGCAUAUCCCCUACUCAGUAUCUCGUCACCACCGUGAUGCACGCACCGAAACUGGAGACUUUGCAGCUGCGGUUAGGCACUGACAGUACGCCCUUGCCGUAUUUUCGCCCGUCGCUAAAGUUUCAGCCUCCGAUCAACGUCGGGACCUUGAAUCUGAUCCAGAUUGACGAUGAGCCGGUCCUGCGGUCAGUAGGCGCGGCUCUUCGGACUGCUACGCAUCUCAAAGAGUUGACCAUGUGGGCUGAUGGCGAUAGCAUGCUAAGCUUGAGCGAAGUCUCCAGCAGCUGGCGUGGCUGUCUCCCAUUCGAACUAACGUUUCUAGACCUCCGGGGUUUUGUGGAUUUGGGAACACGGCCAUGUGCACUGUGGAACUUGUUUUCACCGGUCAAACUGAUGGCAUUGACCUUGCACGUCGGCCCCGAUUUCGAUGUUGCUGACUGUUCAGAGUUCUGGGAGACAUCCGUCGUGGCCGAGCUCCGGCCCAAACAGCUGUCCACGAACCUGGUGGUACAUGGGUUGAAGCAAUUUAUCCACUCAUUUAGCGGUCUGGAGGCAUUUAGUAUCACAUCUCCGAAUGUCGCGUGUCGGCCGGAACCGCUCCCCCUUCUCCUAGACGCUCUGGAGGAACAGCAUUCGACGACACUAAAGGUGCUUUCAGUCGACCCACAGGGCGCCCUGGCGAACCAUCUCCUGGACGAUGAAACGCUCAUGCAAAUGCCGACCCGGUUCACCAACAUUGAAGAAUUCCGAUUCGGAAUGCUUCACACUCUCCCGCAGCAUGUCGUCCAACCAGUACUGAAGUUACCCCAAAUCCGGCUGCUCCAUAUCAACCUGGGCGACCAUGCUACGGAGCGGAGUGUUAUCAGCCUGGAACAAUAUCUGCUCCAGGUACUGCACGAAGGCCUAGCCAAAAAUCUCAAGUACGUCAUUUUCGAUGAUGGCCCCCUAUGUAAGAUCCUGCGGGAACCGAUCCGGAUGGUCGAGGAGACCAUGCCGAUCGGGUACAUUCACGAUACCUUUCUGUUUCGAGAAAAAGUCUUUGGGUGGAUUGGAAGGACAUAGUAGACCCUCCAAAGAUGCGGGCAAUGCAUAACUUGUCGAUGGCAGUAUAAGCUAUAACUAACAACUAAAGUGAUUGAUGGAUGGAAUCGGUGUGAUGAUCAACUGCUAAUGGCCAACUGCCGGUGCUGGCAAACACUGCAUAUGAGUAAACGGCGAGCCUUAGCCCUUCUGCACGUGACCGCACGAUAAGUAGAUAUUUUUCCUUUGUCUUGUUAGAUGGUUUCUUUUCUUCUUCUUCUUCUUCUCUAGAUUCGAUAUUAUCGUCGAUAGGCU